AUGAAGGGAAAGGCAGGCGGGCCAUUUCACAGUUUUAUAUAAUCAAAGCUAAUUUCAGUAUGCUGAAAAGGAAACAGAGUUCUAGGGUAGAAGCCCAGCCUGUAACAGAUUUUGGUCCUGAUGAAUCCUUAUCAGACAACGCAGAUAUCCUGUGGGUUAACAAACCAUGGGUGCAUUCUUUACUGCGCAUCUGUGCCAUCAUCAGUGUCAUUUCGGUGUGCAUGAAUACCCCAAAGACCUUUGAGCAUUAUCCUCCCCUUCAGUAUGUGACAUUUGCUCUUGAUACAUUGCUGAUGUUUCUCUACACGGCAGAGAUGAUAGCAAAAAUGCACAUCCGUGGCAUAGUCAAGGGGGAUAGCUCCUAUGUGAAGGACCGCUGGUGUGUAUUUGAUGGAUUCAUGGUAUUUUGUCUGUGGGUGUCCUUAGUUUUACAGGUUUUUGAAAUUGCUGAGAUAGUUGAUCAAAUGUCUCCUUGGGGCAUGCUGAGGAUCCCACGACCACUUAUUAUGAUUCGAGCAUUCCGAAUUUAUUUCCGCUUUGAAUUACCAAGAACCAGGAUAACCAACAUUUUAAAGCGUUCAGGUGAACAAAUUUGGAGUGUUUCCAUUUUCCUUCUGUUCUUUCUGCUUCUGUAUGGAAUUUUGGGGGUCCAGAUGUUUGGACCUUUCACAUAUCAUUGUGUAACAAAUGAUACAAAACCAGGAAACAUAACCUGGAACAAUUUGGCAAUCCCAGACACACAUUGUUCAAAAGCAUCAGAAGAAGGCUACCAGUGUCCACCAGGAUUUGAGUGUUUGGACCUUGAAGAAUUGGGGUUAAGCAGGCAGGAGCUGGGCUACAGUGGUUUUAAUGAAAUAGGAACAAGCAUAUUUACUGUUUAUGAAGCUGCAUCUCAGGAAGGUUGGGUCUUUCUGAUGUAUCGAGCAAUUGACAGUUUUCCCCGAUGGCGCUCUUAUUUCUAUUUCAUCACCUUAAUUUUCUUCCUUGCCUGGCUUGUUAAGAAUGUAUUUAUUGCUGUCAUCAUUGAAACAUUUGCUGAAAUCCGUGUGCAGUUUCAACAGAUGUGGGGUUCCAGAAGCAGUACAACUUCAACAGCAACUACUCAGAUGUUUCAUGAAGAUGCUACAGGAGGAUGGCAGCUGGUGGAUGUUGAUGUGAAUAAGCCUCAAGGCAGAGCACCAGCAUGUCUGCAGAGAAUGAUGAGGUCCUCAGUUUUCCAUAUGUUUAUCCUGAGCAUGGUAGCAGUGGAUGUCAUUGUUGCUGCUAGCAAUUAUUAUAAGGGAGAAACUUUCAAGAGCCAAUAUGACGAGUUCUACCUUGCAGAGGUGGCCUUUACACUCCUUUUUGAUCUGGAAGCUCUCCUAAAGAUCUGGUGCCUGGGAUUUACUGGAUACAUCAGUUCAUCUCUUCAUAAAUUUGAACUGCUGCUGGUUAUUGGAACUACUCUUCACAUUUAUCCAGUCCUCUAUCAUUCACAGUUUACAUACUUUCAGGUACUUAGAGUUGUUCGACUUAUAAAGAUUUCUCCUGCUCUGGAAGAUUUUGUAUACAAGAUUUUUGGACCUGGAAAAAAGCUUGGGAGUUUAGUUGUAUUUACCGCCAGUCUAUUAAUUGUAAUGUCAGCCAUUAGUUUGCAAAUGUUCUGUUUUGUGGAAGAACUAGACAGAUUUACUACAUUUCCAAGGGCUUUCAUGUCAAUGUUUCAAAUCCUGACACAGGAAGGAUGGGUGGACGUCAUGGAUCAGACUCUCAAUGCUGUGGGUCACAUGUGGGCACCUGUUGUUGCUAUUUACUUCAUUUUAUAUCACCUUUUUGCUACCCUGAUUCUGCUGAGCUUGUUUGUUGCUGUUAUUCUAGACAACCUGGAACUUGAUGAAGAUCUAAAGAAACUUAAACAACUGAAACAAAGUGAAGCAAAUGCAGAUACCAAAGAAAAGCUCCCAUUACGCCUACGGAUAUUUGAAAAAUUCCCUAACAGGCCUCAGAUGGUAAAAAUCUCCAAGCUCCCUUCAGAUUUCACAGUUCCCAAAAUAAGGGAAAGCUUUAUGAAACAGUUCAUUGAUCGACAGCAGCAAGAUACAACUUGUUUAUUGAGAAGGCUUCCAUCAGCUUCUUCUUCCUCCUGUGAUCACUCUAAAAGGCUGGCAAUUGAAGACAAAUACAUUGACCAGAAGGCAAGUCACUAGACACAACAGUGUAUAAAGAUCUCNCGCAAAUCUGUUUUCAGCAUUAGGGCAAGAAAUCUUCUGGACAAGGAGUCUGCAAUCAAUAAAAUUCUUAGAGCCUGUACUCGCCAGCGUAUGCUUAGUGGAUCUUUUGAGGGACAGCCUGCAAAAGAACGAUCUAUUCUUAGUGUUCAGCAUCAUAUACGCCAAGAACGCAGGUCACUAAGGCAUGGUUCCAACAGUCAGCGAAUCAGCAGAGGAAAGUCUCUUGAAACAUUAACUCAGGAUCAUUCUAAUACAGUGAGGUACAGAAAUGCACAAAGGGAAGACAGUGAAAUUAAAAUGAUCCAAGAAAAGAAAGAACAAGCAGAAAUGAAAAGAAAAGUUCAGGAAGAAGAGUUGCGGGAGAAUCACCCCUAUUUUGACAAGCCCCUCUUCAUAGUGGGCCGGGAACACAGAUUUAGGAAUUUCUGCCGAGUUGUAGUUAGAGCUCGCUUUAAUGCCUCUAAAACAGAUCCUGUUACUGGAGCAGUUAAAAACACAAAAUAUCAUCAACUUUAUGAUUUGCUGGGAUUAGUUACUUAUCUAGAUUGGGUAAUGAUCAUUGUCACCAUAUGUUCCUGUAUUUCAAUGAUGUUUGAAUCCCCUUUUCGAAGAGUAAUGCAUGCACCUACAUUACAGAUUGCUGAAUAUGUUUUUGUAAUAUUUAUGAGUAUUGAACUUAACUUGAAGAUUAUGGCUGAUGGCUUGUUUUUUACACCAACGGCAGUCAUCAGAGAUUUUGGAGGUGUCAUGGAUAUUUUUAUAUACCUUGUAAGCCUGAUGUUUCUCUGCUGGAUGCCUCAGAAUGUUCCUGCUAAAUCAGGAGUUCAGCUGCUAAUGGUUCUACGGUGUCUUCGGCCCCUUCGUAUUUUUAAACUGGUGCCUCAGAUGAGAAAAGUUGUUCGGGAACUAUUUAGUGGCUUCAAAGAAAUCUUUCUAGUUUCAAUCCUUUUAUUGACAUUAAUGCUUGUUUUUGCAAGCUUUGGAGUUCAACUUUUUGCUGGGAAACUGGCUAAGUGCAAUGAUCCCCAUAUAAUUGCAAGAGAAGAUUGCCAUGGUAUAUUCCGAAUAAAUGUAAGUGUUUCGAAAAAUCUGAAUUUGAAGCUAAGACCUGGUGAAAAAAAGCCUGGAUUUUGGGUGCCUCGAGUCUGGGCUAACCCUCGAAACUUUAACUUUGACAAUGUUGGUAAUGCAAUGUUGGCAUUAUUUGAAGUCCUGUCAUUAAAGGGGUGGGUAGAAGUCAGAGACGUCAUCAUUCAUCGUGUGGGUCCAAUUCAUGGCAUCUACAUUCAUGUUUUUGUAUUCCUGGGCUGCAUGAUUGGACUUACCCUUUUUGUUGGAGUUGUCAUUGCUAAUUUCAAUGAAAAUAAGGGAACAGCUCUACUAACAGUUGACCAGAGGCGAUGGGAAGAUCUGAAGAGCAGAUUAAAGAUAGCACAGCCUCUUCACCUCCCACCACGCCCAGAUAAUGAUGGAUUCCGAGCUAAAAUGUAUGACAUAACCCAGCACCCAUUUUUCAAGAGAACCAUUGCAGUUCUUGUAUUGGCCCAAUCUGUGCUAUUAUCUGUUAAGUGGGAUGAUCAAGAUCCAGUAACUGGUCCAUUAGCUGCAAUGUCAGUGGUCUUCACCUUCAUAUUUGUUCUAGAGGUUACAAUGAAAAUUACUGCCAUGUCACCUGCUGGAUUUUGGCAGAGUAGAAGAAAUCGUUAUGAUCUCUUGGUGACAUCAUUAGGUGUCAUAUGGGUGAUUCUCCACUUUGCCAUAACUAAUGCCUAUACGUAUAUGAUGGGGGCAUGCGUUAUUGUGUUCAGGUUUUUUUCAAUCUGUGGAAAGCACGUGACUCUGAAGAUGCUGCUGCUGACAGUAGUUGUCAGCAUGUACAAAAGCUUUUUCAUCAUUGUAGGAAUGUUCCUACUGUUGCUUUGCUAUGCUUUUGCUGGAGUAGUUUUGUUUGGAACUGUGAAAUAUGGAGAGAACAUUAACAGGCAUGCCAACUUUUCAUCAGCUGGUAAGGCCAUUACUGUACUCUUCAGAAUAGUCACUGGAGAAGACUGGAACAAGAUAAUGCAUGACUGCAUGGUUCAACCUCCUUUUUGUACUCCAGAUAACAGAACAUACUGGAAAACAGAUUGUGGGAAUUAUGCCGGUGCUCUUAUGUAUUUCUGUUCAUUUUAUGUCAUCAUUGCAUACAUAAUGCUGAAUUUACUUGUGGCUAUAAUUGUGGAAAACUUCUCUUUAUUUUAUUCCACUGAAGAAGACCAGCUCUUAAGUUAUAAUGAUCUUAGACAUUUUCAGAUUAUAUGGAAUAUGGUUGAUGACAAAAGGGAGGGAGCAAUUCCUACCUUCCGAGUCAAGUUUUUGUUGAGGCUAUUGCGUGGAAGACUGGAGGUAGAUCUGGAUAAGGACAAACUUCUGUUCAAGCAUAUGUGCUAUGAAAUGGAGAGAUUGCAUAAUGGUGGAGAUGUAACAUUCCAUGAUGUAUUGAGCAUGCUGUCAUAUAGAUCGGUUGACAUCAGAAAAAGUCUUCAGCUGGAAGAACUCCUUGCUAGGGAACAACUAGAGUACACCAUCGAGGAAGAAGUUGCCAAGCAGACAAUACGCAUGUGGUUGAAAAAAUGCUUGAAGCGCAUUAGAGCAAAACAACAGCAGUCAUGCAGUAUUAUCCACAGCCUCCGAGAGAGUCAACAGCAGGAGUUAAACCGUUUCCUAAAUCCACCAAGCAUUGAGACAACACAGCCAAGUGAAGAUAUGAAUGCUAAUAACCAGGAUAACAGUGCACAGCCUGAGACAAGUAAUGAACAGCAGCUGCUUAGCCCCACGCUUUCUGACAGAGGUGGAUAUCGACAAGAUUCUGGUGACGGGGGUAAACCUCAACGAAAGCUUGGACAAUGGCGUUUGCCAUCUGCCCCAAAACCAAUAAGCCAUUCAGUGUCUUCAGUCAAUAUAAGAAUUGGUGGUCGGACAACUAUGAAAUCUGUUGUGUGCAAAAUGAAUCCUAUGUCAGACAUGGCUUCAUGUGGAUCAGAAGUUAAGAAGUGGUGGACAAGGCAACUUACUGUAGAGAGUGACGAGAGUGGAGAAGACCUGCUUGAGAUCUGA